AUGGAAAUUAUUGAUUAAGAGUCUCGCAUCCUAAGUUAAAGAAUAUUAAAUGAAUUUCAUAUAAAUGAAAUACGAAACAAUUUCAUUAGUAUUCUAGGAAUAAAUAAAACUCAUUUUGGGUAAUACCUCUAAAAACUAUCUAAAGAAUCGUUGAUUUUACCAAUCUUAUAUAUACAUUGGCAGAGAAUAAUCAAGUCUCAUAAUCUACUAUCCAAGAAUGUUUUAACAUAUUCGAUGAAAAUAAGGAUGGUAAAUUAGAUUGGAAUGAAUAUUUGAAGUUGUUUGUAGAAUACAUUAAGAAAGUGUAAUGUCUAACAUAUCUGAAAUCAUUAUCUUCUUUAGAAGAAUAGAGCUAGUAAUUCAUUUCAAUUAAUAAUCUCUAGAUAUCUCUAAUAAUUAUAAAUAGCCUUUUUAGCCUCUCCAUUCAAAUAAUUAUUUACCACUUAAAAUUUAUAAUCAGUUGAAUAGACUUUAGCAUCCUUUGAAAAUAGAUCCUCUAAUAAACAUAUCAAAAAAUACUAUUUCAUUAGUAGAGAUUCUUUUGAACCCUCAUUAAAUCAAAUUCAUUAAGAUCUAAUUAUUUUUUAAGACUUUAAUAUUUUACCAGCAUAAAUUAUUUAAGUUCUCAAAAGUGUAUUAUUAUAAAGAUUACCCCACGUAAAAAUUAAAAAAAUUGAAUAUGUCAAAUAAUUAAUAGCCUAAAUCAUUAAUAAUGGAUAUUGUGAUCAUCUAUUCAAAUUACUCUUAAUUGAUGAAGAUAAAGAUUAAUAUUUAAUAGAUGAAAAAGAUUAACAUUAAAUUUUAGGAUUAUAAGCACUUACAUUAAUUGCAGCCACUAUACACAUCUAUGAAAUCCAAAUACUCAUCCCUAUUUAAAGUAUCUUAUUUGUAGAUACUAUAUUAAAUAUCAUCUCUGAAACACAAAAUGAUCUCAUUAUUGAAUAAGGAUAUAUAUUACUUGGACAUCUAAUAUUAUAUGAUAAAACCUAUUAACAAAUAUUAUUUACUAAAAGACAAGCACUUCUUGAUGUUUAACUUAUUGAUGAUGAAAAGAUAUUCUAUCAUAGCUGGUUUAUUGGAUGUCUAUUCUCUAGAUAUGAAAAUCAUUAAGCCACUAAAUUUAUGACAUUAAUGAAUACCUUACCAGAUAACUUACUAUGGCUCUAGAUUAUUAUUAAUUACUAUUAAUAAUAUGGAUUAAUAUAAUCUAUUGAAAAAAAUUAAAUCAGAAUUCAAAUUCAAAUUAAUAUGCUCAUUAUUAUUUAACCCUUAUUGGCCACAUAAAUACAUUAAGAUGUUCUUAUAGCAUUAUUAUCAUAAUUAUAAAAUUAAGCUACAGAUAAUAGAUUUAAAUUAUAAAUCUUAACUACUCUAAAAAAGAUCUUUAAAUUGCCUUAUCAAUUAAAUUAUCAAAAUUUUACUGCCUAAAAUAUCCUAUUAUCCAAUAAUCUAUUAAAUAUAUUAAUGUAACUAACUGCAGAUCCUAAUUCAUAACUUAGUUACAAAGCUAAAAAAUUAUUCUUUAAGACUCUAUGUCUUGAGAAUUCUGGAAUACUCUUAAAAUACUUAUAAGAAUCUAAUAAUUUAUAGUCAUUCUUAUAUGUUCUUGAAAGUCAUUUUGUAUAAAAUGUUGAUGCCAACUUUUAGAAAUACUUUAAAUAUAAAAUACUUACAAUCUUAAGAUUAAUGAGUUAAGAUAGUAACACAUUCUAAAUCCUAUCUACAGAUUAAUGGUUCUUUAAAUUACUCAUUAAAGCGCUUAAUGAUAAUAAUCAAAUCUUUACUUCAAAUAAUUAAAUUAUGAUUAAUUGUUAAUAUGAUUAUCUUGUAAUUAAUGAAAUAACUGAAUAUUGCAUUACAUUUAAUCUUCAUUUUUAACCAAUGUUUAGAUAAAAACCUUAAUUAUCCUAUCAAGCUAUAGAGAUGAUUUAUAAAAUACUUCCAAAUUAAUAAGCUAUUAAUGAAAUUAAAUAAUAUUUUGUUAAGCUUUUAGAGAAUAUUGAUAAAUAUCAACCAUUAAUAUUAAAAAAAUACUUGAAACCUUUAUACUAAUCAGUUUGUGAAAUAGUAACUUAACUUAAUAAUUUGAUUAUUUCAUUAAAUGAUUUAAUGAAAAAUAAUUAAGUUUUUCACAAUAAUUUUAUUUCAUUAUUAAAAUUCUUAAUAAAUGAACUUUCUGUAUUUUAAGACUAUUUAGUAAGUAAAAAGGAAUUAAUUGAUGAUACCUUAUUAAUCAUUGGUACUGAAGCUACUUAUGAUGGAUGUGUUGUAACAACUGUAUAUUUAAAUACAUAUUAAAACUCAUCAAAAUGCAAGAUAGUAUUGAAACCUUAACUCACUUUAUUAGAAUUUGAAAAGCAUGUAGAAUAAGGUUUAUAAACAUCAGGACCACUUUUAUACUUAGUAAUCAAUUAGAAUCAUCCUAAUAAAAUACCUUAUGAUGAUUUUUCAAUAAUAGAUGAAUUAUGUUUUAGAAAAUUCAAAGAGUUAGCAGAUUAAUUUAUAGAAACUUAAUUUGGAAGUAUCAAAGUAUCUUAAGAGGUUAUUGCUGUUGAACUUUAUAGAUUAAAGAUGGAAGAUUAUUCAAUGAAGAAGAUUUAUGAGAUAUUGAACAAAGGUUCAUCUUAUAUAUAAUUCAAAUAAAUUCAAGAUAAUCAAAUGUUAUGGUUUUUGGAGAAUAGUUCUGGUAUUUAUUCAAAAUAAUUCAAUAGACACCAAAGAUAAAGGUUAGUAAUUAUAAUAAAUAUUUUAAUUAACUAAAUUACCCUAUACAUAUAUAGAGAAUCUAUUUGAUGUAUUUUUAAUCCUAAUAUAAUUACUAGUCUAUUAAUCAAUUUUUUGAUAAAAAUAAUCUAUAAUAGUAAUAUAGACAAAUAUUACAAGAUGAUUUUAAAGAUUACUUAAAAGAUAUGAAGAUUCCACACUUGUUAGGAGUUAAAAUUGCUUCAUUUUUAUCAAGGAAUGGAUUAAAAAACCCUGUUGAUUUUUAGGAUUUUAUUUGUUUUAUUUCUCUAUUUUAUUAACAGAGGUAAUUUAUUUGAUUUAUAAAAAAUUUAAGUUUUAGCGAAACAAUUAUUAUGAAGUUCACUUAUCUUUUAUAUGCAAACAAAGAGGGUAAAUUUGGAAAAGAUUAAUUGUGUGAAUAUUUGUAAACAAUUUUUGUAAUUAAUAUAUAUAUAUAUAAAUUUAGGAUAUUUAAAACUAAGUUAUAAAUGAAUAAUAAAUUAAUGAAUGGGGUUCAAAUUUAUUUUUGAAAAUUGAUUAAAAUCAAGAUGGUUAUAUUUCAUUUUAUGAAUAUCAUGCUUUAUUAAAAGAAGAAUAAUAUCGAGCAAAACUCUUAGAUCCAAUUUGUGCAUUAUUUACAAAUUUGCCAUUUCAGACUACUUCUAAUCGCUUCAUUUUUGGAACACCUUUAAAAUUAUUUAGAAGUUGA